AUGUCGUCCGACGCAGAUGCAUACAGCUACGCAUAUACUGAGCCUACCCUAUCGGCUCUGCUCUCUGUCUCGUCUUUCCUGGUCGCAUUGAAUUUAUUUAGAGUGCUAGUUGAGAAUGUUAUCUCUGGUGCUGGCCUCCUGGGCGAGAUAUCCGUAGGUGUCAUAUUUGGGACGCCUCUAGCCGGCAUUUUGGCCCAGGAGUGGAUGGCAGCUUUCGAAAUACUAGGAUACAUCGGACUAUGUUUAAUGGUACUGGAAGGUGGCCUGAAUACACCUCUGUCCCAUGCUCUGCCUGCACUGCCAAUAUCACUUGCGAUCGCAUGCACGGGAAUGAUAGCUCCGAUAGUGAGCUCUCUUGUCUAUUUCAGUCUGAUUCUUCGCCCCGGGUAUUCUCUCCUGCACGCGUUUGCAGCGGGUGCUGCGCUGAGCUCUACCAGCCUCGGUACUACGUUCUCCGUGCUGAGUUCGGUCAAAGGCGGUAUCGGCGAACAGAUAGGCCAGAGUAAACUUGGAGCUGUCCUUAUGAGUGCGGCCAUGGCGGACGAUGUCGUCGGACUUAUCCUACUGAAAGUGGUGGUUGUCCUCGGCUCCUCGUCGUCUACCUCUGUGGGAUGGACCAUCGGCAGGCCACUCUUAGCGUCUUUUGGUAUGCUCGCGCUGUCCUGGAUACUUGCGAAAUGGUUGUUCGCACCUUUGGUGUCCAUCCUCCUGCGCUUGACGCCCGAAAGACUGAAGCAUGAAGUCAAUCUUGCAGUCAUCGUCCUCCUGACUACGGGUUAUGUUGCAAUCGCAAGCCUGGCAGGCACUUCUCCCCUGCUCGGGGCGUUCAUUGCUGGUAUAGUGCUCGCAUUUCUUUCCGGCUCUCCCGCCGCUUCUAGCGCAUCCGAUGCGCUUUCUACUGCAACUGCACCGAGCUUCCGCUACACAUUCGAACAAUAUAUCAACCCAGCGCUAUCUUACAUCUUACGUCCGAUAUUCUUUGCCAGCAUAGGCUUUGCCAUACCCGUGAAGACCAUGUUCAGAGGACCCGUGGUAUGGAAAGGGAUGGUAUAUGCUAUCAUAAUGACUGGUGCCAAGAUCCUCUGCGGCGCUUGGCUCCCCGCUACGAUCUCGACGUCGUCUUCAGAACCCGCCCCGUCUCCCCCACCGACGUCCUUACUCUUACCAACCUCCUUGCUUGGCCUCGCGAUGGUCGCUCGUGGCGAAAUUGGCCUGCUGAUAGCUCAAGUCGCGAAGACCGCCGGGCUCUUGGAAGACGAGCUGUUCCUGGUCUGCAUAUGGGCGACCGUACUCUGCACGAUUUUCGGUCCGGUCAGUGUUGGUUGGGUUUGCCGGAGAUGGGAGAAGGUUGGUGCUGGUAUGGGGAGGUGGGGUUGA